GGCAAGAAAUCCCUCAUUUCCUUUUGUCUUCCAACAUUCAUCAUCAUCAUCUUUUCCCUUUGAUCCAAACCCCUCUGUCGUUAAUAACAUAUAUACAUGUGCACUUUGCACAUAACGUUCCUUUAUCAUAACUAACUCUCAUCUCUUCUGCCAAUUUUACAACUUUAAUUCAUAUAUUCUCAACUGAAGCCCGCCAUAAUCCGGUCCUCGUUUUCCUCAGAGCUAACUCAAAUUUUCGGUUGUUAUUUCUCAAUUCACGGUUGAAAAUGCUGAGAUACUUAAUUUGUUUGGCCGAUCAUCGUUCUUUUCUUUCACGCCAUCUCAUCUUAGAUGCUUCCGUCAUAACUAUAAUUACUUUAUUUUUGUUCACGUUUUCUACGUAUUGGUGUUCGGUUUAAAUUGCGUGUCGAUUGGAGCAACUCUGCAUCUUUUAAUAUUCAUAAGUUUGGGGAUUUGUUUGAAGAAGAAGAAGAAGAACAAUGUAAUGACUUUUGCUUUCUGACUGUUUCAGAACCAUCCGUGAUUAAAGAUGAUUGGAGAAUUCGUCAACAGUUGCUUAAUAUUGGUUCUAGGAUAUGCAUAUCCUGCUUUCCAAUGCUUCAAGACAGUAGAGAAAAACAGAGUUGAAAUUCCGGAGCUGCGGUUUUGGUGUCAAUAUUGGAUACUUGUUGCUAUUAUCACAAUUCUAGAGAGAAUUGGGGAUGUAUUUAUUUCAUGGUUGCCAAUGUAUGGAGAGAUAAAAUUAGCGCUCUUCAUCUACCUAUGGUAUCCCAAAACUAAGGGUUCAGGAUACGUAUACAAUACCUUGUUGCGACCAUACGUAUCAAGGCACGAGACGGAUAUCGAUAGAAGUUUAAUAGAAUUCAGAGAGAGAGCAUGGAACUUAGCAAUCUACUAUUGGCAAAACUGCACUGAGCUUGGCUCCACCAAAAUCCUCCAAUUUCUUCAAUUUGUGUCUGGAAGGAGUGAGAAUCAGGGGAACCAACGACGGCCUAACACGACGACUACUGAACCCAGCGCACCGCCGGUUGGUUUCAUGAGAAGGAGCAAGCGGGGCCCACCUCCGGGAGGGUCCACCUCGUAUUUCAGCCAGGCGCCCAUGUCGGAGUCGAUCAAAGUGGAGCUGCACAAUGAGCAGUUUAUUAGGCCCGAGGAUGUGAUUGUUUCUAAUUUGGACAUUGGUGGUGGGUCUAAACAGAAAUUUGGUUUGGAGAAGGAUGUUAAGACGGCUAGGCAUAGGCUUAGGCGAUUCAUAGAUGGCAAUUAGUUAAAUUGAUGGCUAUGUUGUAAAAUAUGUGAGAUAAUGUGCACCACAGUUUAUUUAUUCAUUUUUUUAGACAUUA